AUGCAGCUUUCAAGGACUAUUCUGCUCCUCGGAUGCUGCUUCCUGGUUUUGGCACUCGUGACAGCGGCCCCCAGUCCACAGGAACCAACUUUCGAGCUUCCGGUUCAGCUUGUCGGAUUCCCCGUGAUCAUUGCUGCAGUCAGGAUAACGAACUUCAUAAAGAAGCUCGCCUACUCCUUGAAUCCCGAAACCUACAUGAGUCGAGUGAAGAGGUCUCUGCCACUUGCCCAUGACGAAGAGGUUCUUGACAUCGCCCAAGUGGAGAAGAAACUCGUAGCCGAGAUCGGCGAGAAGGUUUGCAUAUACGAGAGAAUAUGCCUGAAGUAUGCCAGCAGAACACUUCGGAGAAGAAGCAAGGAGCGAGUUCUUGACUGGAACGUCGUCUUCAGUCAGUACAAGUCAUCGCCCGAUCCCAUGAAGGAGAACUAUUUGUUGAGUGUCUUCCUCGGCGACAUCGUCGGCAGUCCGAGCCUCUGUCAUCAGCUGGUGAAACGUGGAAGAGGCUGCGAAGACUCCUCGUUGUCCGACCCCUAG